AUGGUUCUGACGCGUGAGCACGACGAUGAUAGUACCUGUACUGAGGCCACAGAAUCGUCCCAGGCCUUGAGAGCAUCUGUGGAAUCUCUACUGGCGGCACAAGGACUUGACAGGCUCAACCCUGGCGCGUAUGAUUGCCUCGUGGAUAGCAUUGUAUCAAUGAUCAACAGGCAAGUCUCUCAACAGCAGGAACAAGCAGAGCAGCAGGAGCACGCCGAGACAAACCAGAACCAAGUGAAUGCAACAUGUGCCAACAAUGAAGAAGCGGCGAAAGGCGAUACUCCUGAGUUGGACACCACCAUUGCAAGCGAAGAUGAAGACGAAAAAGAACAGAAUUCCUCAAGUGAUGAAGAGGAGGUGAGAUACGCAAGUGAUGAUGAUGAGGAGGGUUACUCGAGCGAUGAGGAGGAGAGCCUCAGGUGGUACUACGUUUCAUCUCGUGGAAGGGUAUAUGUGACAAACAAGAAAGCCCCACAGGAAUGUUUCAAAUGUGCAAAGGCUGGACAGAGAAGGUUUCAUUGGAAAAACUGCUGUCCAAGAGAAAGGGGUAUUCCUCCAGGAAGCGAAGUUUCCCGCAGUACCUGUUGUAGAGUUGGCGGCCGCAUCAUCCCGCUAGGAGAUGGGUAUCAGCAAGGCAUGGAGGAGCUGACAGCCUACAUGACACAGCGUUUCCCACAUAGGCCAGUGAUAAUUGCCAAUGAUAGGGAACCCUUGGUCAGAGACUUGCCUGGAGAAGAAAAUCUUGCUGAAAUGUUCCAGAAUUUAGGAUUUGAUGACUGA